AUGCCGAACGUGAUCAUCGACGCCGACUUCUUUCCUCACAUCGUGGACUCGAUCUUCGCCCACGCAUCGUCGGCUGCACUGCUCGCACUCCGCGUCAACAGGCAGUGGCGACGCCGCGCCGAACACCAGUUGGCGCAUCAUAUCUGUGUCGUCGACACGGAGUCGAUGGAACUACCGCAGAGUAUCACCUAUCACCUGGUGUCCACUGAGAAUGAGCCUAUCGGCCGCUACACAAGUACUUGUCUGGACGAUGUCGACGGCACUGUCCUCCCGUCCUUCCUCUCCUCGACUGAGGUGAUCGAUCUUAAUCUUCUAAAGUUCACAUCGGGUGUGGCGCGGCUCCUUCAGCACGUACCCUCCAGCGCUACGUACCGCUGCACCAGUGCAUGUGACUUGAGCCACCUUAACGUUCCCGCGCGCUCCCGCGUGGUGAUCCUCUCAAAAGACAUGGGAGGUUAUGAAGAGAUGUCGUACUUCGCGAAGUAUCGAUUGAACAGGAUGCUGGGGCCGAAGAAGCUCGUCCUUCACUUGAGGAAAAGGGGAAUGGAGUCGCCAAGCCUCGACUGGAUGUGCCUCGGUGACAUGCUGAGCCUCACACUGGUUAUCCACCCGUGGAUCAUGCAUUCUUCGCGCCCGCGGAUCAACUAUCCCCGUAAGGUGUUGCUGUGCCGUCAAAUGGGACUCAUCAUCGAUCUCAUCCUCACCGGGUACCUCCACGGCAUUCCAACGACAGUCGUCAACUUUGACUUUUCCGACUUUGAGGCGCAGCACCCUGACGUCGGUAGCGUCAAGGACCGCGUCUUGGAGCACAUCGAGUAUCGCAAGCUUGGUUACUUCAACACAAGCCCUCACCCAGUCGGCCCGCGCUUCCUGACGCUGGAAGAGUACCGCGCUGAAGUCGGUGAUGCACAGUUCGACAUUGACACGAACGACGGCGCAAUCGCUAGCCCGGGUCUCAAAACUGGUGUGUGA